GGGAUGUGAAAUGUGGUGAGAUAAAUUUGUGGUGAGUUCGCGCAAAAUAUCCACCAGAGGACCCAGUUAGGAAGAAGAAGAAGAAAGAGAAAAAAAUUCCAGGAAAAUUUGUGCAGAAAAAGUGCUUUUUACCCAAUAUCUCGUGCAUUUUAGCAGUGGUGUGAGUAUGGCAGAGAAUCGCGAAGAGACCCUGGCGAAUUUUCAGAAUAUCACGGCUAUUGAUGAUGUGGGUGAGGCUAUCUAUUUGCUAGAGGAGAGCAAUUGGGAUUUGUUGACGGCAAUACACAAAGUCAUCCCACAAGAUGAUCCUCCAAUGGAAAAUCCACCACCCUACAGCGUUGCUUCAUCGUCGAUGGCAACAGAAAAGUUGAAUUUGAACAAUCUCGAUGUGACUUCCAAUUCGAGUGUAGAACCAAUGGCAGGAACACCGUCCUCCUCCUUACCAGUGAGCAUUGUGUACAACAUUCCGGCAACGAAUAGUCGCACAGCUGGCCCAUCCACCUCCAGCAACAAUGGAUUCUUCAGUGAUGCCCAGCAGCGUCCCAAAGACGUCAAUUUUACCAUCCACUUCAACAAUCGCAUGCACAAUAUCGUCAUCUCGGAUCAUGCUACGAUGGGUGAACUCAAGACGCGCAUCUACGAAGCCACCAAUGUGCCACCGUGUCGGCAGGCUCUCAAAGGCUUCAUGCCCUUUCGCCAUCGAGACGCCCAGAAUGCCCAAGCUAUCCUCAAGAAUCUCAAUGUGGCGAGAGACAAUGUCCUCGAUCUCACUGAUCUCACGGAUUUAACUGAUGAUGGGGACUCACCAUCUCGGCUCAAUGAGACAUUUAAUUUGAACAUAAAUAUCCAACCGGAGGGUAGAACAAUUCCACUUAAAUAUCCAGGCUCCCAGACAAUUCUCGAGGUCAAAUCGGAUGUCUUUUCCAUCACAGAUAUCGCUGUGAGGCAUCAAGUUUGGUUAGGAUGGCCGGACAAUGUUUCCAAUGAUACUUCAUUGGCUCAAUCUGGAAUUGAUCUCGAGCACAAUUUAGUAUUAAAAUCCGCAGAGAGUUCUUCCUCAAAGAAAUCACAGAGGCAAAUGAGAUCAAACAAUAGCACCAUAGAGCUGGAUUCUGAGAGUUCCAUGGAGGAAUACGAGGAUGCAUCUGAAGAUUUCAAUGCAGACGAUGAUCUUUUUGCAGAGUCUCCACCCCAAAAUCGCCUGAACUAUUUGAUGCCUGACCAAGUGAGUGACGAGAUUAUUGGAAGCAUUGAAUUUGUCCAGAAUUACAUUCAGCGAUACGGUGAACCCCAUCCGGAAUUCUAUCAGGGAACUCUGUCGGACGCUUUGGCUGAAGCAUGUCACAAACCAGCUAAAGAUAGAAAACUUCUGGCUAUCUACCUUCACCAUGACAGUAGUGUCCUGACGAAUGUCUUCUGUGGCCAAUUGUUGAGUUGCGAAAGCAUCAUCCAGACCUUGAUGCACAAUUUCAUUCUGUACGGCUGGGAUUUGACAUUCGAAAGUAACAAAAAUAUGUUUCUGUCGGCAAUUACGGGUGCCAUUGGUACUCCGGCAUCCAUCACAGUGCGAAAUAUCCCAAUUGAUCGUUUACCGGCGAUUCUUAUCAUCUCCAAGAGUCGCAGUAACUGUGAGGUGUUCAGUGUGAUACACGGAAAUGUAGGUGUGGAUGAUCUCCUGUCGCAACUGAUGGAGUCUAUUGAUCUCUACACGGAGCAGCAGCGUGUGGAAAUCAGGGAGGAGAGCGAAAGAGCGGCUAGGGAGCAGGUGCUGAUGGAGCAAGAUAUGGCGUAUAGAGAGAGUUUGGAGGCGGAUAGGGCCAAAGAGGAGGCAAAGAAGAGGCGUGAGCAGAUGCUGGCAACUGAGAGGAAGCGCCUCGAGUCAGAGAAGGCAGAGCAGGAAGCCAGAAGAAUAGCUAUUCGGCUUGAAGCUGAGAGGACUUUGCCUGCUGAACCAGAUGCCAAUCAUCCAGCUGGAGUUACGAAAAUUCGUGUUCGGAAGCCCAGUGGAGAUUUUCUUGAGCGGAGAUUUACUGCCGAUACCAAAUUGAAUAUUCUACUAAACUACAUAACGUCUGUAGGAUUUCCCGUGGCGGAAUAUAAAAUGUUCUCUGGAUGGCCAAGGAAAGAUUUAACAACGAUGAAUACCGAAGACACGUUGAAGAAUUUACGUCUGUGUCCGCAGGAAACAGUGAUUCUCGAGGAGCGAUGAUUCUUCAAAGACUGGCCACAAUUUGUCCCAAUCCUUUUUGAUCAACUCUAUUUGAAGAUGGAAAACUCCUUGGCAUAAAUUUGUUUAAUAAUUGUCGUCAAGAGGAAACAACUUAUUUAUCUGUAUUACUCUUAAUUACAAUCUCUCAAUUUAAGA